AUGAGCGACGACCAGACUCCUCCAGCUGUCGCAGCAGCGCCCCGCCCAGCCGUGCAUCCAGACCGACUCGGAAACUUUGCUCCAGGCUCAGUGAGCGCCGACCGAAGUGGUGGCUCUGAGAACUCAGACCGACGAGACGACGACGAUCGCGACCGUCGAGACCAGCGAGACCAACGAGACCAGCGAGACCACCGUGGUGGACGGGACGAUCGCGACCGUGGUGGCUAUGAUGAUUACCGAGGAGAUACGCGUGGACGGCCAAGUGCAGGCGGCGCAAAGGCUGCACAGAUUUCAAGCAAUCGUGCCGGAGAGGGAUCCCAUUCCGUUGCAUCGAAUGCCAACGUCGGCUUGGCGCCUCCUGGUAGCAACGAAGCUGUGAUGAUGGCAAGUGGGGAAGAUGGCGAUGAGAUGGAGGAUCCCGAUCUCGAGGUGAUGCGGAUGAUGGGCAUCAGCGGGUUUGGCUCAACCAAGGGCAAGCACGUUCCAGGCGCCGAUGUCAGUGCUGCCGCCAUCAAGCAACCCCGUCGUUACCGCCAGUAUAUGAAUCGACGAGGCGGCUUCAAUCGUCCGCUGGAUCAGAUCAAGUAG